AAACUUACUUCCAAAGAUAGUAAAGGUUUAAUUUGAUUAAGCCUCUAUCCUGUAACAGCCCUCUUGUAAGCCGAGUUCACCGCUGAAUUUAUUACAGAACAUCGAUGCAUAUCGGGAAAAGCACCGAAACAAAUAGUCGCGUGGGUGGGUGUACAUACAUAUGUUGUACGCUUCCCUAUAGUCUACGGUGUACAUACUGAACAUUAUAGUUUGCCGCGUUGUUUGGUGACGCAACAAUUGUUACCAGUUGCAGUGUGCGUAUAUUCGCCGGCCGUCCAGCGCCAGCCAUCGGCAUCCCUCAUUCUGAUUUUAAACCGCGCUGCGAGCGGUGCUGCUCUGCUCUCUAUAAAUACACGUGGCCCGCGCUUUCGUCACAUAACCUAUAACCUCAGCACCGACAACUCAGCGCACGAGAUAAAGAUCGAAAGCGCCCAUUGGUUAAUAUAAGACUAGAAAAGUUUUUCUUUCAAACUACAAAAUGGUUAAUGAAAAUGGCAACAUCCCGGCCCCACAGGAGCUGGAGACGUUUCUGUCUCCAGAUGAGAAAAGUAAAGAGAAGAUUGUUACCACGUAUAACAUGACCAAAGAUGUGGAAUCAGCAGAGUUUGAUCCAUUCACCGAGAGGAAACUAGAAAAUCCCACAUCAAACAUGGACACCCUAACUCAUCUCCUAAAAGCUUCUCUUGGCACCGGUAUUCUUGCCAUGCCGUUGGCAUUUAAGAACGCUGGUCUCAUCUUCGGUAUAUUCUUCACAAUCCUUGUUGCAGUCAUCUGCACUCACUGCUCGUAUAUUCUCAUAAAAUGCGCUCACGUCCUUUAUAAGAAAACCAGGAGAACUAACAUGACGUUUCCCGAAGUAGGCGAAGCGUCAUUUGCCAACGGACCUCAAGCUUUACGAAGAUUUGCAUACUCAUUUAAAAUAUUUAUACUCGUCAGUCUAUUCCUCACCUACUUCGGGACUUGCUCGGUAUACACGGUCAUUGUAGCGAAAAACAUAUUACAAGUUGUGGCUUACUAUAUGGACACCAAAGAAGAAGACGUCGAAAUCAGAAUAUUCAUCAUAGCACUUCUUUUACCCCUCAUAUUCAUGGCAUGGGUUCGUAACCUCAAAUAUCUUGCUCCGAUUUCUAUGAUUGCCAACGUAUUUAUGGGGCUAGGUUUAGGAAUCACAUUUUAUUACAUCGUCGGAACUGGGGAACUGAAAGUUGACAAUAUCAAGAAUAUGUUAAUCAAACCGCCUGGUGAAUGGGCAGAGUUCUUUUCACUCAGUAUAUUUGCCAUGGAGGCCAUCGGUGUCGUGAUGCCUCUCGAGAAUGCCAUGAAAACUCCUAAGUCUAUGCUCGGGAUCUGCGGUGUCCUGAACAAAGGGAUGUCUGGAGUGACACUGGUUUACAUUCUCCUUGGAUUCCUUGGAUACCUACGCUUUGGUGAAGAAGUGAAAGACUCCAUCACACUCAAUCUGGAUGAAACUCAAAUUCCUGCUCAAAUCGUCAAGAUUGCUAUUGCAAUAGCAGUAUACUGCACCUACGGACUCCAAUUCUUCGUUUGCAUUGAAAUAAUGUGGAAUGCUAUCAAAGACAAAUUCACCAAACGACCAGAUCUUGCCGAUUACAUCAUGAGAACCAUCAUGGUCACAGCUUGCGUGCUACUGGCUGUCGCCGUGCCAACAAUUGGCCCUUUCAUGGGUGUCAUUGGAGCUUUCUGCUUUUCCAUCCUCGGACUAAUAGCUCCUGCCUUCAUCGAAGUUGUCACAUACUGGGAUAUCGGAUUCGGACCGGGCAAAUUUCUCAUCUGGAAGAAUGUUUUAGUUCUAAUCUUUGGACUAUUCGCACUUAUUUUUGGUACCAAGGAUGCCAUUAUCAAAAUUGUACAAUUAAACACUGCAAAAAAAUAAUUGACGACUAAUUAUUGUAUUAAAUUUGAAAUGUCUGUGUUAUUCAUAGCUAAGUGCGGCAGUUAGCAUAUAAGGCUUUCCGAGUUUUUGAUGUUUAAGUUUUAAGUUUUUUAGACCAAUUUUGCUGUGCUGUUACAUUGCGGGUGGAAUGAUUUUAAAAUUAGUUAUGGUGCUAUAAUUUAUGUUGGUGUGACAAUAUACAUAUUGUUUACCAAAUAUAACACUUUGAUAGUACCUAGUUAAUGUGUAAACAGUCUGGGUGAUGUCUGUGAGUUUAGAUUAAUAAAAUAAAUUUUCGAUUACAUUCCCAACCCAGAUUUUAUAUGAGAAUUUGAAUAAAAGUACAUUUGAUACUAUUUAAAUUGUAUACACUGGACGUUAAUCCAAAUAUUUAUAAAUUUUACACUUAUUUAAAAAGAACUAAAUUGUAAUUAUUAACAUUUCUAAUAAUAAGCGAAGAGUAUAAAGGUACACGGAGGAUGGUUAAUAGGUUUUUAGACAGCCAAGCCAAAUAUUAUUAUAAUAAUAUAAAGCAAUGCUCCAACAUCAUCAUAACACCAAAUCACUUUCAUUUUAAAAUUACACUUAAUGAAGAACUUCGAAAUGCAUCCGAAUCAAUAUUAAUUAGAUAAGAUUUUAUGAAAUGCAUGGAGUACAAGAAGUGACCCCGUUGUUCCCAGGUUUCUGGUAUAGUAAAGAGGGUAUUACUGCAUUUAAAUAAUAAACGUAUACGACAGAUAAAAUCUAGUAAAAUGUUCUUUUCUUUUAUUAAAUCCUAUGCAAUGCUUAGCUCUGUAUCUCAAAAUAUUUAAAAUAAACAAUUGUUUAAGAGGCUAAUACCAAUUUUUUGAAUGCCAGCUGUAUUAUUUACCUGUUUUA